AUGUGGUGGGAGCUUAUGUUUAGCGGCAGAGCUGAGGAGAUGGUGCUGCUCAGAGAGCUCUCUGAUGCCCUGGUGCGUAACCUUCUGCCUGAGCAUCUGUGGUGCCAAGAACUCAACCGCUGUGCCUUGAAUGAGAUUGUUGCCUUAAAGGGUUUGAGUCUGUUGGUGACAUGGCUGUCUGACCCUGACAACCUCAACCAGCUGGUGGUUAGCCAGCUUGACAGCGUGACACCCAAGGGCUCCAUGGAGGAACUGUGCGCCUCCGACCCAGAACAAGCCUCUCUGGCCUCACAGGAGGAGGGAACUUGGAGGGAGUGGUUUCCUCCUGGGAGCAGGAUUAAGGGAAAGAGCAAAGAUAUUGCACUGAGCAACCAGACAGUUUGCAACAAGCUGAAAGCGGGGUGGUCCAAGUUUGUGGACAAGGUGAAGACCAAGAAAGCCAAGAAAAAGAAAAUGAAGAAGCUGGAGCAGGAGCUGGUGAUGAGGCUGAUGGCGGCCCAGGGCGACGUGUCCAACGAGGACGAGGCCAGCAGCAGGGAGGGCUCCGUCCACAGCCAGCACAGCUCCGAGCGGGAGGACAGUGACCUGGAGAACUACCUGACAAGCGUCCAAGAGGAUAUGAUGGAGUUCAAGCUGUCUUAUGAAAUGUGGCGCGUCGGCUGCUGGGCUGUCAGCAUCCCUCAUGCCGAGUGGGAAAACGAGGAGCUGGUCUUCACAGUGCACCUGGAGGAAAGGGGGAGCCCGGAAAAUCUACAGUGGGACAUCAAGAAGACGUACAUGGAAUUCAUCUAUUUCCGAAACAGGUGGCAGGACUCCACCAGCCUACCCAGUAUCUUCCAACUCGACGAGCUGGAGGUCAGCGACGAAGCCAAAGAAAAGGCCCAAGUAUCUGUGGAGCACUUCCUCCAGGAAUUAAUCUCGGAUAAUCUGAUUGGACACACCCAACCGGUGUUCCAGUUCCUCUGUCCUCUGGACAAGCUGCUGAAUGAGGAGCAACAUUACGGGGGCGUGUGGGGCCUUCUGAGCGGCUUGGCCUACUUCCUGACACCGGGUCAAGAGGACGAAGAGAACUCCACGGAAACAUCGAAGGAAAUCAGCGCACCGGAAGGUUCAAAUCCACCUUUGGAAAACUCCCCCGUCUCCACGGAGACGAGCUGUGUUGUCAGCAGCCUUUCAGUUCCCACCAUCGUCAUCUCUCCCUGCCAGCCUCUUCCGGAGGAGCCCCGCUUGGCUUUAAACUCCCACUUCUCCAGCAAAAGCUGUUCCGAGGACUCAGAGAACCAUUUGGCGCACUUCAAAAUGCUCAUCAAGGGACUGACGCGGUCCAGGUCCCAGGAGUGUCUGGCCUCCGUCAGAAACGAGAACCCCGACGACACGCCGACCUGCGGGCAAAACGGCAGACUCGAGGGGGAAGGCGGAGAAGGCGCCGAGGGCCCGUCGUGGUUGCAUCUCAGCGCCAGGCCGGCGAGGAAGGAGAAGGGGAUCCCGAGGUCGUCCGGCGGGUGCACCAAGUCCAAAGGGAAGGAGCCGGGGGUGUCGGGGAUGGAGGACGACUCCCCGAGUGCCAGGAGCCAAGGUACCUGGGAGCAGCUGGAGGCCACUAAAGCCAUCUUUGAUCUGCUGAAGGAAAUCUCAGGGAACUCCAUUCUCAUCAACAUAUUUGACGCCAUUUUGAAACCGGUCAUGCCCAUCUUGAAGAAGAAAGUCAACUCCUUCUUGAACAAGAUGAACCCCACCGAGGUGGAGAUGGCCGCCUACAUCAGCGCCGCGUGCGACAAAAUGUGGCCGCAGAACCCGCUGCCGGCUGCGCCGCCCCCCCGCUCGCCAGAGGAGAAGAAGGAGACGAGAGAGCGAGCGCACCACCUCAUCAGCGCUCGCUACUCCCACUACCUGGUCCUGAAGAAGAACGACAUGGAGGUGGUCUUCAACAUGUUCCAGGACGCACAGAAAAACAAAGCACUGGUUUAUAUGCUUCUGUCCUUCCUCUCGCGGCAGUUCUUCCCCCAGGACCACUCCCUCAAUGUGAGCAGCGCCGUCCUGCAGAACGUCACCAACCUCGCGGCUUGAUCUGUGAAUGUACUUUUACUUCUUUUAAAGACUCGACUUGUAUUUAUUGCACACCUUAAAUAUGUCAGCAAUGCGGUCACAUGAUCACCUCAAGUAAACCAUGUCAUAUGACUUCCUCUGUUGCCACUGCGGCUGUUAUGUCACCUUUGUUUGAAGGAUGUCACUUUGAGCACGUCAGUGUCCUGAUUGACGGCACUUGUUGAUCUGCUGAUCACUAAUCACUUCAAACAUGGGAACUUUGAAAUUGUCAACUGUGAAAUAUGAAUAUUUUCUAGGUAGUUUUAAAUAAAAGAUUUUGACACUUUCA